AUGACUGACUCUGUGGUCGUAUCCAGGCGCUGCACAGAAAUUUAGUCCGCAUCAUUCCCUGACAGCUCCCCGAGAGAGAGGAGAGCGGAGAGCAGGGCUGCAUUCACAGAUUGUGACAGUGCAGCAUGACGGACACGGUGAUGAGCAGCGGCUCGGAUCGCUGGGGGUCCAACGACAGGCAGAGGAGCAUGCACGCUAGUGAUAAAGAACAGGGCAACUGGACCAUGCAGCCAGGCCCUGGUCCCGGUCCAGACCUGACAGAUGAGGAGAAAGAGAUAAUAAACAGUGUGAUUGCCCGUGCUGAGAAAAUGGAGGCCAUGGAGCAGGAGAGAAUUGGGCGCUUGAUAAACCGCCUGGAUGAUAUGAAGAAGACUGUGUGUGGGGACGGACAGUCCCGCUGUUUGCUGUGUGGAGAGCAGCUGGGGUCACCUGGGGUCAGCUCAGUGGUGUGUGAGGACUGCAAAAAGAACAUGUGUACCAAGUGUGGCACACAGUGUAGCAGUCGGCCACGUGCUGUGUGGCUAUGCAAGAUCUGCAGAGAACAGCGAGAGGUGUGGAAGAGGUCUGGUGCCUGGUUCUUUAAAGGAUUCCCUAAGCAUUUCUUGCCAUCACCCAUGCCAUUAUCUAAACCAAAAGAGACCAGUGGCCAGGAGGCGGCAGAGCCCAAGGGGCCGCCAGCUUCCGAGCCCAGGCAGGGAGUAACCCAGCCACAACCGCCAGGUCAGGGUCAGGCUCCUGCCUCUGAACAGCCAGUUUCAGGACAAGAGCCACAGGGCCGUGCUGGUUACCCACCUGUGGCCCCCAAACCAUCCGUUGCGCGCAUGGCCACGGGCGGGGCUGGCCCUGAAGAGGCGGGGCAGGGCAGCCCAGUGGUGAUGAAGAAGAUGGUGCCGGUCCAGAGCUCCAGAUCACAGCCUGCUGCAUCAGCCACCAUGCAGCAGGGUCCAGUUGCAGGAGAUGGAGGGGCUUUCUCUUCUGGUGUAGUUCCAUCAGAGCAGAGAGCGCCUCCUGCUGCAAGAGAGGACAGGAGGCAGCCUGCUGCCUACAGCGCUCCUCCCGCCCGACAGCAACCUCCCCCAGCUGAGGAGGAGGAGGAGGCCAACGACUAUGACUCUGAUGAAGCCACCACCCUGGGCUCUUUAGAGUUCAGUCUGCUCUACGAACAGGAAAGCAACAGCCUCCACUGUAGCAUCCUCCGAGCAAAGGGACUGAAGCCCAUGGACUCAAAUGGACUGGCAGAUCCUUAUGUCAAACUUCAUCUGCUGCCUGGGGCUAGUAAGUCUAACAAGCUGCGCACAAAGACACUGAGAAACACCCGCAACCCUGCGUGGAGUGAGACACUCACCUACCAUGGCCUGACAGAUGAGGACAUGCAGCGUAAGACCCUCAGGCUGUCUGUUUGUGAUGAGGACAAGUUUGGGCAUAAUGAGUUUAUUGGGGAAACCCGAGUGGCGCUAAAGAAACUGAAGAUGAACCAGAAGAAAAACUUCAACGUGUGUCUUGAGAGAGUCAUCCCUACAAAGAGAACUGCAGCAGCUGGGGGAGCCAGAGGCAUCUCUCUCUAUGAAGAUGAGCCGGGGAAGGAUGGUGGAGAGGUAGAGGAGCGUGGCCGGAUUCUGAUUUCACUCAUGUACAGCACCCAGCAGAACCGUCUGCUCGUGGGUGUUGUGCGUUGCGUUCACCUGGCAGCCAUGGACGCUAAUGGCUACUCCGACCCAUAUGUCAAGAUAUGUCUGAAACCCGACAUGGGGAAGAAGGCCAAGUGCAAAACACAAAUCAAGAAGAGGACUUUAAAUCCAGAGUUUAAUGAGGAAUUUGGCUAUGAAAUCAAACACAGUGAGCUGGCCAAGAAGACUUUAGAUAUCUCUGUGUGGGAUUAUGACAUCGGGAAGUCCAACGACUACAUUGGUGGGUGUCAGCUGGGUAUCACUGCAAAAGGAGAGCGGCUGAAGCACUGGUACGAGUGUCUGAAGAACAAAGACAAGAAGAUCGAGCGCUGGCACACCUUGUAUAACGAUAAUAACGUUGCUAGUGAUUAACCCACAGCAUGAGCUUAAACCUCCCUGCUUGGUUUGCAUUCAUCUCCUUAUGCACUUUUCCCCCUUCUAUUUUAUUGUGUUAUUUAUUCUCUCACUACCUGACUAUCAGACAGGCUUAUCACCUCACUCCCCUCUGAUGUAGUACACUCUGUCCUCUUAUUAUUAACAAUUUUUCUGCCUGUGCUGACACUUAAGCUGCCUCUGGGACAAAUCAUAGCAUAAAUGAAUUACAGUUUUCACUAAUGUAACCCAGACAUCUGCCAGCGCACAGCUGCACAAGGACCAUCAUGGCUGUCAGUGAUGUUAUAUGCUGUAGUGUGCUGAACUUGACAUGUUCUCUGCUAAAGAAAAUGAACUGCGCUGGCAAAGAACUAGGAAAGCAAUAUGUUAUGGCAUCCGAGGUCAAAAACCAUCGUUUAAAGUCAUAAAAUCCUCGAUCGAGCUUGUGUCUGAAUUUAUUAGGCUGUCAGGGUAUUAUUUCUUUUUUCAUUUCUCGUGUGAUCACAUCAUGCUGUAGUGCAACACCUUAAACUCUAUAAGCAUGCCAAGCCACAGACAUAAGAAAACACACAGCUGCGCCUUUGAAUAUUUCAACUGUGCCCACCUGUCCUGAACAUAUUGUAUAUUUCCAUGAAGAAAUGUUUACAUACUGAUACAUUGCUCAGGUUAGGAUAGAUAUCUGAUAUACAGAUGAUUCAUAAGUCAGUGGACCAUGAGCUAGAUGAAUCUCUCAUCAGUUGCUGUUAAUUUGUGAUUUAAACUAUAGCACACCUAGUUAAAUAUUAGGGGUAUUUAUGUAUAGUUAUUUAAGCUGUGAAUUAUGAUUUUUGGGAUGUAUUUACUGUGUGAGUAGAGGAACUGAAAUGUGAACAAAGUUUAUAAUUUCUCUGUUUAUUUCUUAGUUACGGUGAGAAUUGGCGGGAUUUUCCUCCUGCUACCUCUCCUGUUCUGAAGCUCGUGGUUCGCUCUGACACCUCAGAGGUUUUCUACUGUAGUGUUUACACUGAAUGCACAUGGUCAGGUCUCUUGCAGGUUUCCCCUUACAAAUUUUGCUUUCCCCUUACAAAUUUUGCUCUGCUUUCAAGGAGAGAUGGCAGAACAGGUUAUGUCAGCUUUACCUGCAUGCACUAACUAUGCUCGUGACUGGCGUGCCUAGGGCACCCUAAUGCACCCUUUGCACAAAAAAGGGCCCUCUUCCUUCCCUUCUGUCCCGCCCCAAAAUCAUUCGAUGCUUUGUUCACAAAUCACAGCAAACCAAGGAAAGCACACCUUACAAAGGGGAAUGACCUGAAUUUAUACAGCUGUUUGCAAGUUAUUCCAAUGUCAAAAUAAAGACGAAAACAAAAA